AUGUCGCAAAUGAAUGCAGUGCGUUUCUACGGCCAACGCGACAUCCGCCUCGACCAGAUCCCCGUCCCCUCCGUCAAGCCCGGCCAGGUCAAGAUCGCCCCUAAGUUCUGCGGCAUCUGUGGUUCCGACCUGCACGAGUAUCUCGGCGGUGCGAACCUGAUCCCCCAAGAAGGCCACCCGCACCCCAUUACCGGCGAGACCCUGCCUCUGACGCUGGGCCACGAGUUCAGCGGCAUCGUGGAGGAGGUGGGCGAGGGCGUUACGAACGUCAAGCCGGGCGAUCGCGUCUGCGUGCAGCCCACCAUCUAUGACGGCAGCUGUCGCGCGUGCAAACGAGGGCUGGUGAAUUGCUGCGACAAGAAUGGCUUCGUGGGCCUGAGUGGCUGGGGGGGCGGGCUGUGCGAACACAUGGUCGUGCCUGAGAGUUGCGUCAAGCCGUUGCCGGACAACAUCCCCUUGGAGGUUGGUGCCUUGAUCGAACCACUGGCGGUGGGCUGGCACGCGGUCGACAUAUCCCCCUACAAAGACGGCGACUCGGUGCUCGUGCUGGGCGGUGGGCCCAUUGGUCUCGCGGUUGUGCAGGCGCUGGUCGGCAAGGGCUGCAAGAACAUCAUGGUCAGCGAGGUCAGCGGCCGGCGGCGAGAAUUCGCCAAGCAGUUCGGCGCGCACCAUGUGAUUGAUCCGCUCAAGGUGGACGUCGUCGAGGAAGUGGAGAAGUUGACCAACAACGAGGGGGCCGACGUCGGGUUCGACGCCGCGGGCGUGCAGGUCGCGGUGGAUACCGCGUUCAAAGCCAUCAAGGCCAGGGGGACGUUGGUCAACAUCGCCGUGUGGGAAAAGAGAGCGACACUACAGAUGAACGAUAUCGUGUUCAGGGAGAGAGGGUAUAUGGGAGUCGCCACCUACGCCCUCGGCGACUUUGAAGCCGUGAUCAAAGCCAUCUCAACCGGCGCCAUGAAACCCGCCGGCAUGAUCACCAAGACGAUCAAGCUCGACCAGGUCGCCGAGGAGGGCUUCAAGACCUUGAUCGAGGACAAGGAGAACCACGUCAAGAUCUUGGUCGACGUGGGAUCGGGGAUUUGA